AUGAAAAGAACAACUGCUCUAGUGUUCAUUAUAAUAUUGGUUUCAGGCGAUGGCAGAAAUGAUGUUACAAAACGAGUCAUCAUUGGCUGUAAGGAAUUGUGCAAUCCAACCAACGCCAGCAUCAACCUAACUAAAGCUUUCCAACAAUGCUGUAAGGAGGCUCAAGAAUGCUUUUUGCCAAAGCAGUUUUACAAAUUUUCCUGCAGGAAGCAGAUAAUUGAUUCUUGCGCAAGAAACGGAUCUCAGAGAAACGCACCUACUAUAAAAUCUGAAUGUUGCAAAAACAACUUUAGAGCACUAAAAAAUAACGGUUCACAAUGCCGCUUCAUAAAUGUCACAUGGGGAAGAGUGAAGUUUCAAACGAAGUACGAUCUGGUCGAAGGGGCAUGGAAAAAAGAAACUUGGUCAUUUUUCCUGAAAAUGGUGUCACAAAAGUGCUUAAAAGAUCUUCAUGUCCGACAGCGUCCCGUUAACAUUUUGUAUACAUACCCCUACUACACUAACGAUGAAAGCAAGACUGUGUUUAGUUAUAAGUCUCCGAUGGCAUAUUUGGUAGUGGAAAAGCAAAGUUUCAGCAUGUUUACAGUGGUCUAUGCCUCCUUUAGCCGAAUGUGGAUAACACUGUUGUUAUGUGUCACGUGGACGUUGAUAUCAGGAGUUAUUAUAUGGCUACUUGUAAGUAAAUAUCUCGGUUUCUUAUCUUUUAUGUAGUUGUUGUAAUUAUGUGGCGCGCAGUAUUAAGUGCCAUGUAGAACUAACUACUCUCUAAGACUGCUUACUGACUGAGCUGAAAUGAAGCAGAUACUAGUUAAAAUAAACAAUACUUUCAACUAAGUGGUACCCGCCACAGAAAACAAGAAAGAAAUAGAGACUAGGACAAGUAUGUUGCUGGUAUACACCAGACGUCACAACGGCGAUGUAGGUGAUCAAGAACGAAAGGGUUUCUCUCCUCUGGGAACUGCACCAUUUUCAUGUAAAUACUUUCAAAAAUUGUUUAUUGUAUUGAACACCAACAUGGCCACCUUGUCACAUGGCUGCAAACCAAGAAUAAAAAAGCACAAUGAAUUUGGGCAGGUGAAGUUAAAAUUUAGGAUAGAAAGAAAAACUAGUAACACGUAAACGCUGGAAAAUUGUCUUUUAUAAUAAAAAGGCUUACCUAUCCAUUAAUCUAAAAUUUGCAUUAAGAGUUGCCCUUUUGACAGGAAGAUGCUCCCUCUGAUGUCGGUCUUUUCUUGAAGGCCAGUGGGGGGGAUGGAUGGAUGGAUGGAUGGAUGAUACACCAAAUGGUUUUUCACAGCUAUUUUUUUUGUACCCAUGGGCAAAAUGCAAUUGCUUUGGCUAAGAGUUAUGAUGCCAUUUAUUAGAAAGAGUCUGAAAGCAACGCAUUUUGUAUCACAAUUUUUGUACUAAUUUCUUUUUUUAAGAAUUUUUUUUAAUUGAGGCCAAAACAGCAAUUACAUCAGAGGUACUCAUAUUUUUUUUCAUUAUCCGCAAACUAUUGGUUUCCGGUUGAUAAUGAGAGAAAUUUUCCGCCAGUGUAGACAAUUGUCGUUGUUGCUAUUCACUCUAUCUUAUUUUCAAUCAGGAUCAUAAAAUUAACCAGCACCAGUUUCCCUUGUCUUUUUGGAGAGGAGUUCGUGAAGGAGCCUGGUGGGCAUUGGUUACAAUGACGACUGUUGGGUAAGUAGAAGGAGUACCGUCACGUGAUGUGAGUAGGAAAACCCUUACUCCUUUUCAACGUGAAAUUGCUUCAGCUUCGUUAAUAAGUAGGAUCAUGCAGCCAUCCCUUUUGUGGUCAUGGUCUUAGGAUCAUGAUUAAAAUGUGUAAUUCUAUAAAGUCUCCAGCCUUGUUGAAGGAAGAAACCAUCGAUAAAAUAAUUAUUAAAGGAAGGCAUCUAACUUUAUACAAUGCUGUAAAUGCUACUGAAGAGGAGUUAAUCUGUUGCUAAGACGUUAAGGCAUUUUCUGCAUGGGAUGUUACUUGUUCUGAUUAGGAAUGAUGUAAGCAGAAGGGUUCGAAAGAACAGCCUGGCUGCAACAGUGAGAAGCACAAAGGAACAGAUUUUAUAAGAAGCACUUAGAACACGCGAAUGAGCGGAGACUAACUCUAAACAGGGACAAGGACAAAAAUGCCCGCACACGUCAUAGAUUCCAUGCGAUUCCAUAAGCUUUUGGAUCAUCAUGAGAAGUUUUGGAACACUUAGAAAUAUAAUGAUUUUAUGGGGAGAGUCUGGUUAAAUAUCAAGCCAAGAUUUCAUUCAAUCAAAAAAUGACUCAGUUAGUCAGCCUUGGUUCAAUAACUUUUGCAGAAUUUUCGGGUGAUUUUUCGAAUGUUUUUAAUGUAAAAAUAAACAUACGGGGAAGGGGUAUUUAAAUUUUUGGAAACUUGGAAAAUAUUGGAUUUGGAGGUUGUUAAAAAUUAGAAUGUAAAUUAAAGUGAAUGAUAAGUAUACAAAUACCUGAUAGUCCACCACCACAACAAGGUGCCUUUGAUCCCUUAAGCGGACUUACUGGUUUUUGCACUGCGCAUCUCUUACUGCGCAUAACAAGAUGGCCGCCGUAAAAAAGAGGACGUGAAGUAACAUUAUUAAAAUGAAGUUGACUGAAGAGAAACGCUAUUGGAAUUUUUGCUUGCGGUUGUUUCUUGCCGAGGUGAGACUCAGUGUGUUGGAAAUGUGCAUAACGUAAGCAGUACGCGUGUUGCUGAGUUCGACGUCCUCACGGAGAACCUCGAUAGUGGAUGUUUAACUUGUGCUUACUUACUUCGAUUUUCAUUUAAACGCUUUCUUUAUCACAUUGCGUCCUAAAUGUGAUAUCUCGAUGUAAAUUCUGUAAAAACGGAUUUUUUAAUACUUUCUUCCCACUUUCACAUACAUUCUAUUUUGAAACUCGCCCCAGUCCUCUCUCAAAUAUCGGAGAAAAUGCAUUUGGUGCGCACUUUCUGCAGCUCUACCGCAAAAACGAGUACGGUGACCCCCAUUUUUUAUUUCAUGAUUUUAAUAAGGACAGUGCUUAGUUUCGAUGACAAAAAAAUUGGCACAAAUCUAUGUUCAGUUUUUUGGCAACUUUACUAAAUUGUACGGAUUGAGCUAUCACGGGUUAAUUCAGUUCUACUUUGGAGCGUAAAAUAAAAACAGGAGCAUUAAAAGGAAUUUUUCUGGUAUGUAAGUGGAUAAACAAUACAAUAAAGUCAAAUUCUGUGCGAUACCACAUGCUGCAUCGAAAAAAUCUCUCCUUUUUGUCUAGUUUUGGGCUGCGCGCGGUUUUUGACAAAGGGUCCAAAAUAGCCGUAUUUCUCAGCAUUGUGACGUCAAAACGAGCACGGUGACCCCCACUUUUUUUUACUUUUUUAUCAUUAUCUUGACUUGUUACAUCAGUGUACCAAGUUUCAUCUACAAUCUAUGUUAGGUUCUUUUACUAAGGAAUCACCUUAAGCGGACUUAUUGGUUUAUGUGUAUACCUUUUCUACCCUGACUUAUUUUCUUCCUAAAUCAACAUCAUUUCCCACAAAAAACACUCAGAUUGCCCCCUUAAUAGCAGAAAGGCUUUGACCGUGCAGUUGUAGACAACAACAAGACCAACAACAACACAGCAUCUGUCCUGCUGGUGGUGAAUUGAGUCAUGAUGAAGAAAAACAGUGUGAAAAGUUAAAACUUUAAGGAAUGGGCUAGCAAUUAAGGAGAGGAUUGUGGUGAACGGUGGACAGAUGGAGGAUGAGGAAGAGUUUGGUUAGCUUUGGAGCCUACUUUGUCAACGAAAUAUAUCGAAGAUCAAAUGGUAGCAAAAGAGAACAAAAAGGAGAGUGCCGAGUAAGCAAGCAGACAUCAACAUGAGUUGUGAGGAGCGGCGACGUAGGUGUAAUUUGUGCUAGGCCAGGCCAUUUACUCUGGACUGAGGUCAGAAUGACGGCAAUGUACCAGGCGAGUGUAGGCGUUAGGAUCGAACAACGCGCGGAAGAGCGAGAGGUAGCAUCAAGUCACGACUUGGAGGAGGACUGUGGAGAAAGAAUGGAACAUAGCAGGUUGGACGAGAAAGAAUAUGGCCAAAGAAUAGGACAGACAGCAUGGCGGCCUUAGAAAUUAUGACACGGAGAGACACGACGAUGAUGGUGAUAUUCAGUAGGAUUCUCUCCAAGAACUCCACAUUAAUCCUUACUGGGUCAAACGGUCGCGUCUGUGUUACUGUUAACUUCUGUAAGAAAUUAAUGGCAUAAUUACCGUGACAUUAUCUGGUAAUACACUUAGAAGAAUAUUAAAAGAAAAUGAAAAUGAAACAAAGUUAAUUUUCAUACAUUUUUUCCCGUAUAGGAGGCAGUGGCUUACAAGCUCGAGAAAAGUUAACCUGAGCAUGGCAUUACUUGUUCUCGGUAGUGUAGAAUAAUUCUUUCCUUUUGUCUUCAGAUAUGGGGAUAAGACUCCUAAGUCUCUACUGGCUCGUAUUUAUUCCGCUGUCUGGAUGAUUGUUGGGAUGAUAAUUCUAUCAAUGUUCACUGCCGAAGUUACAUCUCGAAUGACGUCUAAAGAAUUGAUGCCUCAUCACAUAUAUCUGGGGAAAAAAGUAAUUCUUCUUUCCUUC